AUGGCCCCAGGGGCUCUCCUCAGGGUAAGUGGUGCCCCUAGGGGUUCUCUCAGGUAUGGUGGCCCCCCCAAGGGCCUGCCAAGGGGUAACGCCGCCUCCAGGGGCCCGACAAGGGGUAACGGUGACCCCAGGGGACCGCCAAGGGGUAACGUCGCCCAUAGGGGCUCUUCUUUGGAGCAGCGAGGACCUCAGGGGCUCUCAGGCGUCGCCCUUAGCGGCUCUCCCAGGGGUGUCGGUGCCGCCAGGGGCCCUUACAAGGGUGGCAGCAAUCCCAGGAGCCUGCCAGGCGGGUGGGGCGCCUGGGGCCUUCCAGGUGUGGUGGCGACCACAGGUUUCUGGACUUUGGGAGCCCCAGGGGACCUCUCCAGAUUAAUGAGUGGCACCCCAGGGGCCCCUCAGGGUAGUUCCCACAGGUGCCCCGCAAAGAGGUGCGUCGCUCUUAGGGGCUCUGACAGGGGUGUCGGUGCCCUCAGGGUCCCUGGCAAGGGUGGCGGCGCUCCCAGGGGCCCUACCUGGGGCGGUGGCGCAUCCAGGGGCCUUCUCAGGUGCGGUGGCGCCCACAAUGUCCCUCCCAGAGGCACCGGUGCCCCCAAGGGACCUCUCAGGUGUCGUAGCGCCCCCAGGCGCCGGCCAAGGGGUGCGUCACUCUUAGGGGCUCUCACAGGGGUGUUGGUGGCCCCAGGGAACCUGGCAAAGGUGGCGGCGCUCCCAGGGGCCCUACCUGGGGCGGUGGCGCACCCAGGGUCCUUCCCAGGUGUGGUGGCCCCAGAGGGUCCCUCCCAGGGGCACCGGUGCCCCCAGGGGACCUCUCAGGUGUGGUUGCGCCUCCAGGCGCCGGCCAAGGGGUGCAUCGAUCUUGGGGCUCUCCCAGGGGUGUCGGCGACCCCAGGGGCCCUGACAAGGGUGUCGGCAAUUCCAGGAGCCCUGCCAGGGGCGGUGGCGCACUCAGGGGCCUUCCCAGGUGCGGUGGCGACCACAGGUUUCCUCUCAAGGGCACCGGAGCCCCUAGGGGACCUCUCAGGUGUGGUGGCGCCCUCAGGUGCCCUCCAAGGGGUAACGUUUCCCACAGGUGCCCGCCAAGAGGUAACGUUGCCCCCAUGGGACCGCCAAGGGGUAACGUCACCUCCAGGGGACCGCCAAUGGGGGCUCUCCUCAGGGGCACCGGUGCCCCUAGGGGAGCUGUCAGGUGUGGUGGCACCCCCAGGGGCCCGUCAAGGUGUAACGUCGCCCACUGUCGCUCUUCUUAAGGGCAGCGAUGCCCCCAAGGGUCCUUCUAGAGGCGGUAGCGUCCCAAGGGGUGGCGAUACCCUCAGGAGCCUUCCCAGGGGCUCUGCCAGUGGCGGUGGGGCACCUAGGGGCCUUCCCAGGUGCGGUGGCGCCCAUAGGAUCCCUCGCAAAGGCACCGGUGCCCCCAGAGGACCUCUUAGGUGUGCUGGCGCCCUCCUAGGGGCCUGCCAAGGCGUAACGUCGCCCCCAGGGAACCGCCAAGGCGUAACGUUUCCCCCAGGGGACCGCCAAGGGGUAACAUCGCCUCCAGCGGACCGCCAAGGGGUAACGUCGCCCCCAGGGGACUGCCAGGGGGUAACGUCGCCCCCAGGGGCUCUUUUUUGGGGCAGCGAUACUCCCAGGUCUCCUCAGGGGCAUCGGUGCCUUCAGGGGAGCUCUCAGGUGUGGUGGCGCCCCCAGGGGUCCGCCAAGGGGUCACGUCGUCAGCAGGGGCUCUUCUUAGGCGCACCGAUGCCCCCAGGGGCUCCCCUCAGGGUCACCCAUGCCCCCAGGGGACCUUCCAUUGGCGGUGACGCCCCAAGGGGCGGCGGUACCCUCAGGGGCCUUCCCAG